AUGAGGUACUCCCUCGCCAUUAGUCUGGCCAGUGCCGCCGUGUCUCUCGCCGGACCUCUUCAGACCAGGCAGGACAAAAAGCCAUUCAUCGAGCCGAGUUACGAAUGCGGACAUGCCAACGGGCCCAGCGGACGCGAGGACUCGGAAGCCUGCUCAGGAACUCUGCUCUACUGCUUUAAAAAAAACUAUAAAAGCUUUGGGGAGCACUACAACAGCUCUAAGGCUUGCCUUAAUACGCGAGAACCACCUCCUUUUAAAGAGCUUAACGUGAAAGACGAAAUUUGCGACGAAAUUACUAUCAAAUGGGGUUCAACCAGAGCAUUAAAGGAGGAUUGUCUUGGUACGUCUAUUUUUUGCAACCAGAGGUGGUACGAGAAAACCGGCGAGAAAAACGGCGAGAUGUACGACAACCCUAAGCAGUGCAUCGAGGCUCGACGGCCGGCAAAGCCCAAGCCCAGCCCCGAGCAACCUACCGAGGCAGAGCUACCUACCGAGGCAGAGCUCUGUCCACAAUUUAAUAACAACAGGACUGCUUGUAUUACUACAAAAACCAUGUGCUUAGGCCAGUACAAUACUAAGGCGGAGAGAAUUAGGUGUAUAUACGCCGCCGCCGCCGCCGCCAGGGCCGCUGAGAGACCUACCCAGGCAGAGCUCUGCCCACAGUUUACUGGUGAAGCGUGGUUCACUUGUGGUUGGGUAAUAGGAAUCUGUGUGCGCCGCCACCAGACCAAGGCGGAGAGAAUUGAGUGUGUGCACGCUAAGAUGCCUACCGAGGCAGAGCUUUGCGCACCGUUUCAUGGCAACAGCACUGCUUGUAUGGCUGCAACAGCCGCGUGUUAUAAGCAGAAAGGGCCCAAUUCCAAGAAGGCGAGAAUUGAGUGUGUGCACGCCGCCGCCGCUGCCGCCGCGAGACCUACCGAGGAAGAGCUCUGCCCACCGUUUAAUGGCAACAGGACUGCUUGUAUUGAUGCAACAAGGGAGUGUUUGGGCCAGCACAAGGGCAGGAGGCAGGCGAUAAUUAAGUGUGCACACAAUAUCGCCGAGAUACGUGCCGAGGAAGAGCUCUGCCAACCGUUUAAUGGCGACAAGGACGCUUGUUCUGCUGCAAAAUAUGUGUGUAAAAAGUAUGAUGGCCUGCGACGUAAGGAGCAGGUACUUAAGUGUGUGCACGACCACGCCGCCGCCGCCGCCGGCCCUGAGCUACCUACCGAGGCAGAGCUCUGCCCACCGUUUAAUGGCAACAGAGAGGCUUGUUUUGUAUUGAGAACCUUGUGUAUGCGCGAGGAUAAUGCCAAGAAGGCGAUAAUCAAGUGUGUGCACGACGUCGCCGCCAAUCAUGGACUUACCAAGGCAAAGCAACCUACCAAGGCAGGGCUGCCUGCUAAGGCAAAGCAACCUACCGAGGCAGAGCAACCUAAGGCAGAGCAACCUACCAAGGCAAAGCUGCCUGCUAAGGCAAAGCAACCUACCGAGGCAGAGCAACCUAAGGCAGAGCAACCUACCAAGGCAAAGCUGCCUGCUAAGGCAAAGCAACCUACCGAGGCAGAGCAACCUAAGGCAGAGCAACCUACCAAGGCAAAGCUGCCUGCUAAGGCAAAGCAACCGCGCAAGAGCUCCCUACCGAGGCAGAGCUCUGCCCACCAUUCGAUAAAUUUGGCGGCACGGAGGCUUGUCAGGCUGCAAUAG